ACAUGAUCUUUUCUUUGUAAAAAUUUAUUAAGAUUGUAAUAACUAGCUCUCAAUCUGUUAACUGUUGUGACAAAAUUCCCUUAAUUGUAUUUACUCCAUAAAACUAUAUGAAUAUCUUUUUUUAUAAGGAUUUGAAAUAAAGCUCUUUUACAAUUAUUUUCUUAAUUUCUAAUAAAUUUUCUCAAAUAUUUCCUGUUUAAAGUCGCUUUUAAGAUCCUUAAAGGACUUUAAGUUAAAAAUUUAUCUGCUAAUUCACACGAAAUUAUAAUGCUAAUAAAAUGAUGCAAGGUCACACUUCGUGAAACUGCGCUAUCUUCGUCUUCAUAUCUUGUAUGUAUGUGACUCAUCUUUUAUGUUAUGCAUGCUUUGUUGAGCUUUUGUCCUCCAUUAUUUCUCGAUACUGCGACGCCUACCGAUUUCCUGUUCCUGUUUAAUAUUUGGUGAAUAAGAAGCUACUGAAGAUUGUAUCUGGUCUGUUUUGGCUUAGCGUGCCAAGAUUAUUCAAAGAGGAGAAGAGAAAGGUGAACGAUAAGGAUGAAAUGAUUGCAAAAGUGUGCGAGCAUCGGAUAUUAUAUGUCGAUCUUUGUUUUUUGGUAAAAACGAAUCAAAUGAAUGCAAAUUCAUUAAAUUUUAAGGGAUAGUACAUUAAGAACCAUAAUAAUUUAACAAUUUGAGAAAUGGCUGAUGUAGAACCAAAUGAGCAAAAUACUUCUAAAAAAUCAAAUUCAAACAAUAUUGCGGCAAAAUUCAAAACCAUUGUAGUUAGAGAAUUAAAUAAUGAAACAUAUAGGCCACUAACAAAAGAAAAUCAUGAAAGAAAAAAGAAGCUUGAUAAACUAUUCAGUCGUGAUAAUAACAGUCAGAAAUGGAUAAUAACAAUCUUAUUUUUUGGCGUUAUAUUCGCGUUUCUAUAUUUUCUCUGUCCUUCGGUAUUAGACAGAUUUAUGAAUUCAAGCACUACUGUGAGUUAUAAUGAGAAAGUGGAAUUUGUGAUUGAUAUAAACAAUGAUACUAUUGAAGAAACAAGAUACCAGCAUAUAUUAAUGGAUACUCCUGAUAUGCACAUCAUACAAGAAAAAUAUGAUUACGAAAUAGUGCCUUUAACUAAGGAAAGCGACCUAUCUGAAAAAGACACAGUCUUAAACAGUGCUCAAUGCAUCAAUAUUCCUGAGGUAUUGCGUUUUGAUUGUCAUCCAGAGGCUGGAGCCUCGCAACUCUCCUGUACAGAUAGAGGAUGCUGUUGGAAUCCUCCUAAGAGAAAUGAAUUAGAAAAACAUGUGCCACUAAAUAUUCCUUAUUGUUACUAUCCUGAAGAAUGGAAUCUGUACAAAUACACUAACUAUAGUCAGGAUGGUAAUAAUUUUUCAGGUUUUCUCAGUCGGAAGAGGGAAUCUAUGUACAAGAAUAAUGUGCCUCUGGUAAAAGUGGAAGCCACGAGCAUAGAUAGUUCAAUUCUGCGAGUAAAGAUAUAUGAUCCUUUGAAAGCACGAUAUGAACCUCCAUGGCCGAUUAGAUCGGAUCCGAAACCAUUUUUAUCUCAAGUUACUAACACAAAAUAUCAGUUUUAUAGCGACGGUAUACAACCUGGCUUUAAGAUUAAUAGAAUUAAUGAUGGCACUACAUUAUUUAAUUCUCUUGGAUUUGGAGGUUUUAUAUUUGCUGAUCAAUUUUUACAAAUAAGCGCAUUGCUACCAACAAACAAUAUUUAUGGCAUCGGCGAACAUAGAUCAAGUUUAAAAUUGAAUACUAAUUGGCAAUCAUUCACUCUAUUCAAUAAAGAUCAACCACCAACAGAAAAUGCAAAUUUAUAUGGAUCUCAUCCGUUUUAUAUGGUGAUAGAGGAAUCUGGAAUGGCUCAUGGAGUUUUAUUUUUAAACAGUAAUGCCAUGGAUGUAAUAUUACAACCUACACCAGCUAUAACGUUUAGGACAAUCGGUGGUAUCUUUGAUAUUUAUUUCUUUCUCGGACCAACUCCAGCCGAUGUAGUGAAACAAUAUUCCGAUAUCGUAGACAAACCGUUUAUGCCACCCUAUUGGUCACUUGGUUUCCAUUUAUGCAGAUUUGGAUAUAAAACAUUGGAAAAGACUAAGGCGGUAUGGAACAGAACAAGAGCCGCUGGAAUCCCAUUUGAUACUCAGUGGAAUGAUCUGGAUUAUAUGGAAAAAAAUAAUGAUUUUACAUAUAAUAAAGAAAAGUUUAAAGAUUUGCCUAAAUUUGUAGAAGAAAUUCACUCGGUAGGAAUGCAUUAUGUCCCUUUAAUAGAUGCUGGCAUAUCCGCUUCUGAAAAUAAUGGUUCCUAUCCGCCCUACGACGAAGGAAUAAAGCAGAACAUAUUUGUAAAAGAUGGUAUAUCCCAUAAACCUUUCAUCGGCAAAGUCUGGAAUUUUGUUUCUACUGUAUGGCCUGACUUCACGAACCCUAAAACCCUAAUCUAUUAUGCAGAUAUGAUGAGCAAUAUGCAUAAAAGUUUCGCAUAUGACGGUGCAUGGAUCGAUAUGAACGAACCAUCUAAUUUCUAUAAUGGUCAUAAAGAUGGCUGUACACAUAAUAACUUGGAUUAUCCUGAUUAUUUACCCAAUGUCGUUGGUAAUCUUCUCGCUACGAAAACUCUUUGUAUGAAUGCCGAACAUUAUUUAGGUUCUCAUUAUGAUCUUCACAAUACUUACGGAACGAGCCAAGCGAUUGCCACGAAUUAUGCCCUUAGAAAGAUUAGACUAAAAAGACCGUUUAUAAUAUCGCGUUCGACAUGGAUAGGACAUGGCCAUUAUGCGGGUCAUUGGACAGGAGAUGUUUAUUCAUCAUGGCAUGAUUUAAAAAUGAGUAUUCCAGCCAUUUUAUCACUCAAUUUCUAUCAAAUUCCAAUGGUGGGUGCAGAUAUUUGCGGUUUUGACGGGAACACAACUGCUGCUUUGUGCAAUCGUUGGAUGCAACUUGGUGCCUUUUAUCCAUUUUCUCGAAAUCAUAAUUCCGAUACUACAAUUGAACAAGAUCCAGUUGCUAUGGGUGAUUUAGUCGUAAAAUCAUCAAAAAAUGCUUUGAAAAUACGUUACCGGUUGCUACCGUAUUUGUAUACCUUAUUUUUCAGAGCACAUAAAUUUGGGGAAACAGUAGCACGUCCAUUAUUUUUCGAGUUCACCGAUGACCGGCAGACUUAUGAUAUUGAUACGCAAUUUCUUUGGGGAAAUGCACUUAUGAUUAAUCCAGUUCUCGAAGAGAACAAGAUUGAAAUACCUGUUUAUGUACCACGUGGAAUGUGGUACGAUUAUUAUACUAUUAGGUCCUUUUUCUCUAUCGGAAAACAUUAUACAUUACCUGCACCACUUGAUAGAAUACCAUUAUUAGUUCGUGGAGGCUCAAUACUUCCAACACAAAAACCGGGUGUAACGACGACAGAGAGCAGAAAGAAUGAUUUUGAAUUAAUAGUAGUAUUAAAUGAGGCUGGGGAUGCUAAAGGAGAACUAUAUUGGGACGAUGGUGAUAGUUUAGAUUCUAUAAAAAAGAAAGAAUAUUUGUGGUUGUCUUUCACUGCAAACAAAUCCAAUUUAUUAAGCACAGAAGUAAAUAAAGGUUCUUAUAAUGAAGAAGUAAUUCUUGGAGCAGUACAAAUUUGGGGAUUGCGACAACAAGUUUCUAGAGUAUUCCUAAAUGAAAAUGAAAUAGGAUUUAAAUACAAUGUCUUUACAUCGAUUCUAGAUAUUACUGGCUUGCAAGUGGAUAUGAGACAACCAUUUACAUUUUAUUGGAUACUUCAAGAAACCAAUGACAGACAAUAUUAUUAAUUUAUAUUAUUAAAUAUGAAUUUUCUCCUGCGAUAUGCAACUCUCAUAUUUAUUAUUUUAAUAAUUAAUAUGGUUUUUAUAUAUAUAUAUAUAUAUGUGAUAUUCGCUAUAGAUAAGUGAUGUUUUUUUAUGUAUAAUUUGAGUAAAUAUAUUUUAUCCAAAUGAUAAAAUGUGAACAAUUUCUGUAUUGUACAAGUAGUACCUGAAAAAGCAAAGCAACUGUUGCUGAUUUAAAUAAAUUUGAAAUUAUUAAAAAACUUUAUAGAAAUCACAUUUAAUUUUAUUCAGAGAAUUAAUAGAAUAGUAAUUUGCAAGGAAAAAAAAAACAAGCGAAUAAAGAAACGUGUUUAUUCAAGUUCUCUCAUACAUCGCACAAUAAUGUUAAUGUACAAAUAUGACUAUGUUUAGUUUAUGGCACUAAAAAAAACAAUUAAUAUCCGGAAAAAUAAUCCGGACUUCAUCGAUGCUGAAAAGAAAAAAAAUCGUGAUUCGGUAUCAUUUACAAAAAAAAAAAA